AUGGCGACUUCAUCUUUGAAUUGUGGUGUUUGUGAUCACCGCAAUAUUUCUAAACUUUCAGCGAUCUGGUGUACUGAAUGUGAUGAAGGACUUUGCGAGGGUUGUCAGGAACAUCACAGCUUAUCUAAAGGAUCUCGAUAUCAUACGGUUAUACAAAUUUCCGAAUAUCGUAAAUUACCAAGUGAUGUUAUCAAGAUUUCCCAGUUCUGUGACAAGCACAAUGAAAAGUACAUCAUUUACUGCAAGAAGCAUGAAUGCCCUUGUUGUAGCAGCUGCAUUGUACAAGGUCACAAUAGAUGCGACGAAAUCGUAAAACUAGAUGAUUUCAUUAAAAAUGCAAAGACAUCAAAUGCAUUCUACGAAGUCGAGCAGACAUUGGUAGAAGUACUCGAAAAUAUUGGAAAAAUCCGACAAGACAGACAAAAGAACCACCUGACCUUAUCUGAGACUCGGAAACAGAUUGAGAAAGAAAUCACAGAGACCCGAAUAGCGAUCAAUAAUCAUGUCGACAAAAUACAAGCAGAUAUGAUAAAGGAACUCUGUGCAUUAGAAGACAAGGAGAGUAGAAAAAUCCGUCAACUGUUAAUUUCUCUAGAGGAAAAACAACAAGAGAUUUAA